GACAUCGAUUACGAGGGAUUUCGCAAAUUUCUCGACAGCUACCUCGAGGUAUCAACCCCCGACGAACUCUCGCGACAUCUUUUCUUGUCGUUCGUUAAGAAGACGCCACGAGUCGAUGGGAAAGCCUUCAAGGAGAUGGCCGUGCUGUCGUCGACGACCGCCUGUGCCGCCAUUACAUCCCACACAACGUCCAACAGCAACGUGAACAGCACAGGCUUACCUGGUGGAACAUCGACGGAUGGGCAUGGUUCUUCCUUGGCUGAUAAAAUUCACGGUCUCACGGAGAAGCUGCAGGCAUUGGGACACCAUAGAACCGAAAGUGAAGCUUCCACCAGAGCUCGCACAGGGAGCGUCCAUCCUAUAUUGACGAUACAGCAUACGUCGUACAGCUGCCAUGACGUGAUCGAGAAGAAGAGCACCGACAGCAGCCCCAGUCACAGCCAAAUGUCACGGAAUUCGUCCAGGAAGUCGAAUAAUUCGCUGCUCGUCAACAACGGGAAAUUGGAAGAGAUGAGAAACUUCGUUAGGAAACAGAGCACGAUAGAUGUCCACUCGGUUAAAGUCAGCCUCAAGGAUAUCGUGUGCUACCUUUCUCUCCUGGAAGCUGGCAGGCCAGAAGAUAAAUUAGAGUAUACUGCAAGACAUGAUGCUAGAGAUAGACUACGACGCGGAUGGCACGGUAUCUCUGGAAGAAUGGAAAAGGGGUGGCCUGACGACGAUCCCGUUGCUGGUUCUUUUGGGCUUGGAUUCCCACGUAAAGGAAGAUGUCUGCAAGUACACGGUCCAUGAAAGAUGCGUUCAAAGGGCGCCAGCCUCUUGCAUAGCCACCUACGUGAAAAGCAAGAAAACGUCGCAGACGAUGGCGCACCAUUGGGUCGAGGGGAAUUGUCACGGCAAAUGCUUUAAAUGUAGAAAAACUAUCAAGAGUUACAACGGGAUCACGGGCUUGCACUGCAGGUGGUGUCAAUUGACACUGCACAACAAAUGCGUUUCGCAAGUGAGGGCAGAAUGCACGCUGGGCGAGUACGCAGUCCAUAUCCUGCCGCCUACGGCGAUUUGUCCGGUUGUCCUAGACAGACAAAGAUCGUUGUCCAGGGAUAGUAAAAGAGGGAGCAAACACGGCCAGGAUUCGUCGAUUGUUAGCUCGCAUAGUGGAUUCUUGACGUCUGGUACUGCAACCAAUCAACAGCCAGCCAUGUCUUUCCAAAUUACACCGCCGCCGGGUACUGUGCCGCUCCUGGUGUUCAUAAAUCCAAAAUCCGGAGGGAGGCAAGGUGAACGCAUGUUGAGGAAGUUCCAAUAUAUCUUGAACCCGCGCCAAGUUCAUAAUCUAGCCGUGGGCGGACCUAUGCAGGGCUUGCAAAUGUUCAAGGACGUGGAGAACUUUAAAGUGAUCUGCUGCGGCGGCGAUGGUACCGUUGGCUGGGUCUUAGAAACAAUGGACCGCGUUCAGUUCGAGCAUCAACCUGCCGUAGGUGUCAUACCAUUAGGUACCGGCAACGACCUUGCAAGGUGCUUGCGAUGGGGUGGUGGUUACGAAGGAGAAGCUAUCCACAAAGUACUCAAAAAAAUAGAGAAAGCGACAACUGUGAUGAUGGACCGCUGGCAAAUAGAAGUGCUCGAUCAGAAAGACGAAAAGAAACCAAAUCAAGACAGUAUUCCGUACAAUAUCAUUAACAAUUACUUCUCCGUGGGCGUGGACGCGGCGAUCUGCGUAAAGUUCCACCUGGAAAGGGAAAAGAAUCCUGAGAAAUUCAAUAGCAGGAUGAAGAACAAACUUUGGUACUUUGAGUACGCGACCACGGAACAAUUUGCUGCCAGCUGUAAGAAUCUUCACGAAGAUCUUGAGAUCAUUUGUGAUGGAACUCCGUUGGAUUUAGCCCACGGACCUUCCCUCCAAGGUGUCGCGUUAUUAAACAUUCCUUUUACUCACGGAGGUUCCAAUCUCUGGGGUGAACACCAUACGAGACAUCGUCUUGGCAAACGAAAAAAACGACCAGACAAAGAACUCAGCACCAGCAGCUUUAAUUCGAUAUUGGAGACAAUCUCAUAGAGGUGAUCGGUUUAGAGAACUGUUUGCACAUGGGUCAAGUGAAAACUGGACUUCGUCAUUCCGGUAGAAGGUUGGCUCAAUGCAGUAGCGUCACCAUCACCACUAGCAAACGUUUCCCAAUGCAAAUCGAUGGUGAACCAUGGAUGCAGGGUCCGUGCACUAUUCACAUAACACAUAAAAACCAAGUACCGAUGUUAAUGGCAACCCCACCAGAGAAAGGCCGAGGAUUCUUCCGCUUCCUAAAGAGGUGAACUUCGAUGUUAUCAAAUAACGAAACCGAAAAAUCGAAAUAAUCAACUCCUGUCAGAACGUAGUUUCAACAUCGUUCCGCCUGUUUUAUCUUAUCUAUAAUUAAAGGAAAAGAGGAGGGAAGCGUAUCAGUUCGAUCGUGUUUCACAUAGCUUCAGUGCUCGUCCGAGCGCGUGGAACGAGCUUCGACGUAACUUAGGUAUUCUUGUGUACAGUAUUUUUUAGAAUAAUAACAAAGCAUCGUUCGUCUUAGUGAUAGGAUCAGCGGUAGGCUCGUCGGUCAUCGGUGGUCAUCGAGAACGCUCGACAUCGUGUUAAAAUUUUGAUCGUUUUGUACACUAUGCUGAGAUGCGCCGAAUAUAUAUGUUCUUCUUUCUUGUUUCUCGAAUCUGUGACUUGAGUCUACCGCUUUAAACAUGCAAGUAAGUACAAGCCCGUACUAUUGCAAUCGAGCGUAUAAUUACAUAUACCGACAUAACGGAUUGUACGGUAUCAUGCAAAAGAGAAAAUAAUCUUGUAGGUAACAUUACCUAGAUAAUAUUAACGAAUGACUUCUUUAGUCAUUCUUUUUUUCGUUCGUACAACACGUCGAUAGAAAUAUCAGGAUUUCAUUUCUCCAUAAAAUAUUACUGUUGAGGAUAAACAGAUCAUACUUCUUAUUGUUAGACGAGUGAUAUUUGUUGUAUAUAAAGAAUGUAAAAUUUAGUUUUAUAUCAAUUAAACGUUGAUUAUGUGUUUGUUGUUAUUUUACAUUCUAUUUGCUGCUUUUUGAUAUCUGUAUAUCCUCGACUGAUCUUGUGUGUAGCCGUUUACUUUUAUAAAGAAAAAAGUUUUAGCGCAUAAAACAAUCUAAAUUGUCCCUCUUUUUUGCACGACUCCGUCCAACAAUCAAAGAUUUUACUUUCCUCUCUUAACAUUAAGAUUUUUGUACGGAAGCUUAGUCGUAACUGCUUAGUCGUAACAUAAAUCACGAUCGAUUGGUUUCAUUUAUUUAUUUAUUUUAUUCGUCCGAACUUAUUUAUUUAAUCGAUGGCUUCUAAGCCAGAACAAUAUAUCGUAAGCAUAUCAACAAACCGAGCGUAGCUAUAAAAUAGCGUCGUGAGGUUCAGUUUUUCCGCGUUUAUCUUUCGUAUCGAAUCGCACAGUCAGAAGUUACGAAAAUUAUGCGUGUAUUUUCGAUUUGAUGCGACGUAGCUUGUUAAUCGGUGCAAUAGUUGCAAUAGCACCGUUAUAAAUUAGUUCGUUAAGUUCCUUUUUUAACUUAUUGUCUUUUACACGUUGGCCAUCUUCUGACACGAACAGAGUUAAAUAGCUUUUUUAAUUGUACGCGUAUCAACUCAUGGCGGAUCAUUAAAAGAUAGAAGUGGUACAUAUAUUAAAUAUUGUAUUGCUAAAUAAGUAGAGAACAGACAUAGAUAUAUCCUAUUACGAGGUUUAAUCAAAAAUCAAUUCAGCCAACGUGUUACAUAUAAUAAUCAGUAUUGUGGUAUGGAAUUCAUAGGACUUUUCGUAGGAUUCUUCUAUGACUGCAUCAGCACGCACUUUCUCAUUGUGACAAAACGCUUUUAUAAGUACAUUUGCAAUUUUUAUUGCCUCGUUUCCACGAGUGCUCCAAAUUACUUAUCGUUAAAUUACAGAAACUUUCGGGUCAUUUUUUUCAGAGUAUUUUUCAGAUCUUCCGUCCGAUGAUAGUACUAUUUAACAAUUACAUUGCAUUUUUUUUUUUUUUAUAAGUUGACUCGUAAUUUUUCGUUGAACUAUUACAUUCAGUUUCAAGCACUCGUAACUUGCAGUCGCUUCACAUUAUUCCAAAAUGUCAAUUGUAAUAGAGAUCAAAGUGAAUUUGAUCAUAUUUUGACAGCAAAUCGUCGCGAUAAUAUCGAGUAAUAUGCUUCGAUCGAUUUACGAAAAAAAUAAAGAGUAAUAAAUUUUUUCACGCAGCAGCAGAUAAAUGUUGUCUAAUCUGUAUCUACGUAUUUCGCUUUCGCAUCGCGUUUCACGCGUGUGUGUUAUGCUUUUGUAUAAAAAGUGUAACGAAAAAGUACGACACCAAGUAUAUAACUCCCGCAGGGACCAUCACAACGUCGAAAAUCCAUGUAACGAUAUAGAAUGAUCCUAAAUUUUAUCUUGUAGCAGUGAUGACCAACUACUUCGUGUGUAAUGUUUUAAUUCAACUUCAGCUAUGCCCAUUGUUUCCUCGAAUUCCUUCUUUCAAUUUCGUCGUCUACGCAUCCUUCCUUCAAACGAAGCGUAGAUCUUUCUGUUCUCUUUCGCUUUUCUUUCACAUUUAGCAAAUCUAUCAUUUCUAGAGGCAAUCGUUCGCGAGUCAAUAUUUUCGAGCAUAUAUAACUUCUCGAUCGUUUUACGUAGAGGAAUUGAUAUAAAAUUUAUUCUUCGCGCAAAUAAUGAUCGUUUCCCUUACAAUCGUUCAUAUACGCGUACUUCCCCUCGGUUAUACGAUCGACUAUAAUAUAAUAUAGUUGCUCUCGUUAGACGAAUCGAAAUAUUACGCUUACGUAUAAUGAUACAAACAUU